GGCGGGAUGGGGACUGCGGCGGCGGCAGCGGCUGCGGCCGGGGAGGGGGCGCGGAGCCCGAGCCCCGCCGCGGUGUCGCUCGGCCUGGGCGUGGCGGUGGUGUCGAGCCUGGUGAACGGCUCCACGUUCGUGCUUCAGAAGAAGGGCAUCGUGCGCGCCAAGCGGCGGGGAACCUCGUACCUGACUGACAUUGUGUGGUGGGCGGGCACCAUUGCAAUGGCCGUCGGCCAGAUUGGGAACUUCCUGGCGUACACGGCCGUCCCCACUGUGCUGGUGACACCCCUAGGUGCCCUUGGAGUGCCAUUUGGGUCCAUUUUGGCCUCUUACCUCCUGAAGGAGAAGCUGAACAUCUUGGGAAAGCUGGGGUGUCUGCUCAGCUGUGCAGGCUCCGUGGUGUUGAUCAUCCACUCCCCGAAAGCUGAGAGUGUGACGACUCAGGCCGAGCUGGAGGAGAAGCUAACCAACCCAGUGUUCGUGGGCUACCUGUGCAUCGUGCUCCUCAUGCUGCUUCUGCUCAUCUUCUGGAUCGCGCCAGCGCACGGGCCCACCAACAUCAUGGUGUAUAUCAGCAUUUGCUCGCUGCUGGGCAGUUUCACCGUGCCUUCCACCAAGGGCAUCGGGCUGGCGGCCCAAGACAUCCUGCACGACAACCCGUCCAGCCAGCGCGCCCUCUGCCUGUGCCUGGUGCUCCUGGCCGUGCUGGGCUGCAGCAUCAUCAUCCAGUUCAGGUACAUCAACAAGGCACUCGAGUGCUUCGACUCGUCCGUGUUCGGCGCCAUCUACUACGUGGUGUUCACCACGCUGGUCCUGCUGGCCUCCGCCAUCCUCUUCCGGGAGUGGAGCAAUGUGGGCCUGGUGGACUUCCUGGGCAUGGCCUGCGGGUUCACCACUGUCUCGGUGGGCAUUGUCCUCAUACAGGUGUUCAAGGAGUUCAAUUUCAACCUCGGCGAGAUGAACAAGUCGAAUAUGAAAACAGACUAGGGUGUGGGGCGAGGCCACGGGUGAGGGGGGACUUGAGGAGCGAGAGACAGAGGUGGGGUCUGAUCCUCAUUUGGUGGGAAGUGGAAGAGACUAGAAAUGUGGUACUAACGGUGCCUGUACUGGGGACAGGGGGUCGUGGUCAGUCCCAGGCCGGGACCUGGGCACUGGAGUUCUCUCUCCCCGAGAGUCUCUGAGGAGGGGGAGUUCUUUCAUUCCUGUGGAAGCUCUCAUUAAUUCUCUUUCCUUUCAAAACAUUUUAGCAUCAGAGUGGAGACUGUAGCUGGGCUCUCUCUGGUUAAGCUGGGCGGGGGCUCCCAUCUUCCUUGGAUGGCAACUUUGGAAAAGUGAACGUGUCCUAAUUGUGCUAGUUUGCUUCACAUGUGAUCACAUUCGGGUACAGCAUCCAAAUAAGAGGCAAUACACACUCAGUGGUUUCUCACCCUCUGACAGCUCUGCCACACCCCCUGCCCCUAGCUCCGAGGUAUUUUAAUUCCGAGCAGAGUGAGAGGAGUGAAGGGACUGACUGGAAGUGGCCUUCGCUUUGCAGAAUGACUGUUCAGUAGCUCAAAGCAAUUCCAGUGCCUUUAUCACUUGAACUAUUCACUUACUUUGACUAUUACCGUGCGUGUGCUCUCUUAGAGUAAUGCAGCAUCCCUCAGCUAUGCUUUGAUAUUUCACUCUUGGAAAUAGAAAGCGGUAAGAAAGAAUAUGUUCAUCUGUUGGGGGAUAACCAAGACCACAGGGGCAAUAGAGCAAACCAAUACUUGUAGCAUGUGUAGUCCCAACUGGAAACAAUCGAUUUCAGUAGCAUGAGUAUGAGUAUUUUAUUCACAUUCAAUCUGUGUAACUGGGAUCCAGUAUCAGAUAUCUCCACAUCUCCUUCCACAAGCCUUGUGACCACUCUGAAGACAUAGCUUCUUUACCUUAAUAAUGAGCCAGUCAAAUGGGAUAUAUAUAUGUAUAUAUAUAUGUAUAUAUAUAUAUAUUGAGUCUCCUAAAACACAGGGACAAAUCAUAUGUAUACUGAGUUCCCUAAAACACAGGGACAAAUCAUAUGUAUACUGCGUCCCUUAAAACGCAGGGACAAAUCAAAAGGUACAGGCAAACUCAGGCGAGUUUCAACUCUGUGAUUUGGAAACACACAUCAGGAGUUUUCAGAGGAAUUCAUAGCCAAACUGAAAACAAUGACUUGAAUCUCUCCCUGCUCUUUUGAACUGGCAGAGACUCCAUCACAGUAGAAUUUCCAAAACGCAAAGCCAUCACUCAUUGUACUAGUAUUUGGAGAGAAGCGGGCACUGGCUGUCUGCGUGCAGUAAUGGCUCAUGUGCCGUGAUGGAAAACAGAUGCACGGUCAUGCUAGUGCUUCAGAAGGAGACCAUGUGCUUCUUGCCGUGUCUGACCUGCAGAGAGAGCUGGGCAUGCUGAAAGAGGGGGUAGGGGUUUCAAUUUGCGAAGUCAGAGCACAAAAACUGAAUAAUGCCCAGCUAUAAUUACCAAGGCGGGGGGGGGGGAGUGGGGAAAAUGUGUUUUUAAGGCAACAAAGAACAUUUCUAAACCCCCUUGAGUAUUUCCUAAAAUACAAGAGGCUCAAUAAAAUGGGGCUGGAUGGGGAUGGUUUAACAUAGCAGAGAGAUUAAUACCUCUCUGAAUCGAGGUCUGUGUCCUGACCAUGGUCUGCCCAUGACUCGUAUGCUGAGUGCAACAAGGUUUUCUUUAAAUGUGUUUAAUGUCAUAUUAACUGAUAACAAAUGCUCAAUAAGCCCCUUACUCUUUUUAUCAGCUUCCUGAAGGGUUGCUUUUUAAUCAGUAUUUUUUGGAAUGCAGACCUUAAUUUAUAGAAUUGAACUUUCUGAAAAUGUAACAGUAUCAAUAUCCUUUUAGGUGUAUGCAUAAUUUCCUAGGUAAGACAUUUUAUUCCAAGAACACACGUGGCCAUAUAAGUAAAAAGAGAAAGCUCAUGAGUCGUAUGGAAAUGAUCGUGUCUGUGAAACUUAGUUUUAAAAUGCGUCUUUAUUAGAGUGCACUAUUGUUUAUUGAUUAUGCCAUGGAUACCUAGUAGUGGUAUUUCUGGGUGAUCUUCCAAACAAAAUCUGUAUUGCUAGCUCACCCCCUUUUUGAAAGUCCCAAAUAGUUAGACUCCCCCAUGUUUGCUUCUAUCCAGCAGAUCAUUUUGAUAGGUGCCAUACGUUUUCUUCAUUAUAAAGUCACAUUCAUUCCAUUCUUGGGCCGAGUAUAGCAGGUAGGGUGAUUGCCUCUCGUGUGGAUAGCCCAGGUUCAAUCCCUGGCAUCCCAUGUGGCCCCCUGAGUACUGCCAGUAGUAAUUUCUGAGUGCAGAGCCAGGAGUAACUCCUGAGUAUCACCAGGUGUGGCCCAACGUAUUUUUAUUUUAUUUUUUUUUUUUGCUUUUUUUGGGUCACACCUGGCGAUGCACAGGGGUUACUCCUGGCUCUGCACUCAGGAAUUACCCCUGGUCGUGCUCAGGGGACGAUAUGGGAUGCUGGGAUUUGAACCUGGGUCAGCCACGCAUGCAAGGCAAACACCCUACCCGCUGUGCUAUCUCUCCAGCCCUUGUUUUUUUUUGUUUUUUGUUUUUUUUUUUUUUUGCUUUUUGGGUCAUCACUCCAGCCCCCCCAACGUAUUUUUCUUUUUAAUUCAUUCCUUUCUUUGGGCUGGAGCUAUAGCACAGCGGGUAGGGCAUUCGCCUUGCAUGCGGCUGAUCUGGGUUCGAUUCCCAGCAUCCCAUAGAGUCCCCUGAGUACCACCAGGAGUAAUUCCUGAGUGCAUGAGCCAGGAGUAACCACUGAGCAUCGCCAGGUGUGACCCAAAAAGCAAAAAAAAAAAAAAAAAAAUCAUUCCUUUGUUUGUAUUUCAAGAAGUGACUAACCUCAAAGCAAGCAAGCAACAUGACCAGCAUUCUUUGUGGCCUAAAUUUCAGAUUUAAUGCUCUAGCGUAUUAUUUCUAAUCUAAUCCUAUUUUACACAUUUCUGUUUUUAUUAUUUUUUUGGAAUUGCAGUAACAACAAAUGCCUCAAAUCAAUACUGUGGGGAGGGGCUGCAAAGGGGACGAGUCUCCUCUGAUUUCUGGAAGUACAUCUGUGUGAAUAUGUUCAUCAUUAUACUAUUCUUUGCACAUGUAGCUGACACCUUAGGGGGAAGCAGCAAGGCUUGGACAGUGGCUUAGAAAGUGCCCAGGGCAAGUAUGACGCCCACAGUUCAAGCCCCAGUUCAGGGGCAUAUGCUGACCGAGUUGGUCCUGAGCUUUUCUUGAAAAGGGGUCUCUGGAGAGGAGAAAAAAUAAAAACUACAAGAAAACAGGGGAAAAAAUCAAGAAAUGUCUACUAAUUGUUUCUCACACUUCAUCUAAAAUCAUGCUUCCAGUAAUAUCACUCAGAUUUCUUCUGGACACUUCCUGGGCCUUCUCCCCUCCUACUUGGAGGUCCCAUCUGAAUCUUUGCAUGAAGGGAGGUGGCUUGCGUCUCACUCACUGGCCGUUGCUCGUUUGGGGUUCCAACCCACACCCAGCACAGAGCUCUCUGCGGGGCCUUAGCUGUUCCAUAUAACACUCGAUGUCUGCGCAGAAAGCUCGAGGGAAGGACCAGCAGCUGAUCCUGGAAGAGGAACGGCCCGGCACUGGGACUCUCAUGUCAUCACUGCCUUUUCUCAUUUGUUAGCGUAUCAGUAAAACAGGCUCUGCUGCACAUUUGAUAGUCAGACACGAGCUUUCCCUUCCUCUUGUUUCACUUCCUGCAGCCCCUUUCUGCAGGAGUUGAUGUACUUAUUCUGUGGGUUUAACCUCAGUUUCUGUUGAACAUAUGUCUCUGCAUUGCCCUCCCGCGCCAGCUAGCUCCUAGUCAGUGAUGUGUUUGCUGGCCAGUUCCUUAUGAGACCUGGAUAAGGCUUGGGGACCCCUUUCUCCUGGGAGAAUGGGCACUCAGGUCCACAGAGACAGGGUGUUGGGGAGCACAGACUAAUACUGUGCAUCUCGAUUCCUGGGCUGGGGAGGGGGUGUCUUUUCUAAGCUGCUACACUAGUCUUGCAGAUGCAAGAAAAUACAUCUGUGGUCUCCUCUCUGAGGCCGACUUGAUCCUGAUUUUGGCUUCCUGGGACCAAGUGAGAUACUGCCAAGAGAAGAAAACUUCGUGGAGAUCAGUUUGCAACUUUCUGAUUGGCCAGGGUUCUGACGGCAUCAUCUUGGCUACUGUGCCUGAGCCCAGGGAAGUCCUUCACCCAUCCAGAGAAAUCUAGUUCCACUUACUCAGGGACCAAAACCGGACAGGGCUCCCUCAGUUGUCAGGGGUUUUCGGGCCCAGCACCGCCCACAGGCUUUCACCUUGCACUCAUCAUUAGGGACCUGUGCACUUGAGCCAGUAAGAGAAAUGCUCCUUUGGCCCACUAGUCCAGCAGAAAACCGUUCCAUCUUACUAAAUACCUCGCUUCUCUGUAUUCCUCACUUCCACCUCAUGCUGGAGGUGGAUUUUUAAGACUCUGUCCUUUAGCUUUUCAGUGAUUUUUCACAUCCAGCCAGAUUCUUAUACCUCUGUCAUAUACUUGAAAAGCUUAAGAAUUAUAGGAGCGGCAGCUGAAAGUUCGGGCUUGGUAGCUCCCCCUUGUUUCCUCCACACUUUCCAUGUGCUUUUCAAUGCAACCAAUGACAUGUCUUUUAAGGAAAUGUAAUUAGGGAUUAGGGAAGUACUAUUUAAAAUAUACCCAGUGAGGUCAGAAGCAGAGUGCUGGGUGCAGAGCAGGAGCCAGGGAGAUUAGGGUGUUCUUUUUCUGUUUCUCCUUGAAUCGUGCAACUAUCGGUGAGUCACUUUACCUUUCUGUGCCUCAGUUUCUCUACCUCUCAAGAGGUGGGGUAGUUCCCCAAGGCCAUGGUUUCGGUGCUCCUGUACUCAGCGUGUGCGCUGCUCCCUCAGAGUGCUCCUGAACAACGAAGCAGGUAUUCUGCCUUCUCAGGACCAACCAUACACGUGUGGCUUUAAGCACUGAGCAAGCGAAGGGAGCACAGGCUUAUAGAGUGUGUGAUUCCAUGAAGCUUUAAUUCUCUUUCCUUUUUUUAUCUUUUUUUUUUUUUUUAAAGGAAGGGUUUUAUACAUUCUAUUGUAAGAUGUGGAGCUCAAAUAGGGGUUUUUUAAGGCUGUGCUGAAAAAUAACAUUCCACUGUUCUGGUGAGUUUAGUAGACGUAUCUCUGUAGGCCAGUUUGUGCUCUGCAGCGCCCGGAGGCACCUGUGAGCCAGAUCGACUCCUUUGCCUGAAUUUGCAGUGAGUGACACUGACCUUCUGGCUUCUGAGCGACUCAACCCUGGUCAUGUGGCUCCCUGCAUGGGCAUUGCAGAUUUCAUGAAAAAUAUUUUUUGCCAGAAAGUGGGCUGCGAUCAUUAUAGGGAGGUUUGUUUUUCUUUUUAAAAAGGUUAUAAUUAUUUAAAAAAAUAAUAAAUUUAAAAAUAAUAAAAUUUUAAAAAUUGAAAAAAAAGGUUAUAAACCAGUUAUUGGACUGGAAAAAAAACACACACACAAACAACAAAUGGUGUGUGACAACUCUGUGGCGAACCACAGUGCCUGGUAGCAGGUCUGCAGUGCCCAAGCCACUCAUGCCAAAGGGUCAUGUUGAAAAGUUCAGAAUCUUGCUGCUGUUGUUGUUGUUGUUGUUAGAAUUUGUUCCUAACCCCCUUGUGAGUGUUUUUGCACUUUGAAAAAAAGGAAAAAAAGGGUACUGUCUUAAAGUAGCAUUUCUGAGUAUUUUUGCCUUUUAAAAUAACUUAUUUUAUUAUUGUAAGAUGGAAUGUAAUCAUGAAAUGACAAGGACUUGGUGAAAAAUGUAAAAUGUUGAUUGGUGGCUUAAAAGGUAUUUUAUGUAAAUGUAUCAGGGGCGCUUCCAAUUAGCAUCCAUGCACACGUCCGUCAGUGGCCAAGACUUGCUUAGAUUUUGCUUUUUAGAAGUAGUCCUAGCAUGUUGUAAUUGCCUUAUGUACAUAAAAAGGCUAUUUAUUAAGUUUUCCAAUAAUAUUUAUUAAUCUGUGUGUUUUAAAAUAAAAUAACUCCUUUCUAGCUGAA